UUUUCUUAGAUCUGAGGUAUCCUCUUGAGUUAGUCACUGCAGUCAUGAAUUGGUUGACGGUGUGUAUGAUAGGACAGUAAAGCGAUGACUUUCAGGAUAAAAACUUAAAAUAAAUGGGUUUAAACGAGCAUCGAUAAUGCAGAAGAGAAAAAUGAGAAACAUGCCUUUAAAAACCGAACCAACAGAACCGAGCAGAGCGCUUUCGCUAGGACUAGAAUGUCGGAAAUAUCGGGGUGGAGCACGGUUACAAGAUUUCAAACAGUGAGGUGGACCCCUCAGAAACAUAACAACAGCACCCACCGCCUGCCAUUUCUGUGUUUUGUGGGAGCCGCUGUUGAACGAGACGGACGGGCUGAGGCUCCAAUGACACAGCUCGGUUACGCGCGACGGCAAGCCGCGCACCAAUACGCUUUCUUGGAAGGCGGAUCUUUCUUCUUGCAUUCUUGAUAAAAACGGUUCAGUUAGCGAGUUGGACGAAUCGAGGAGCUGCAUAGAGACACGUCUUAAAGCUGUAACACAGAGAAUUUGCCGCUUCGAUAUUACAGAAAGAUUUAUUCCAGAAUUCAUUAAUCGGGUGCACUGAUGAAUCUCUCCAGGCUGCGUCUUUUUAAUAUACAUAUACAAGGAUGCCGCUGAUGGUGACUGCGCAGGGAUGCCUCCGUUGAACAUGGACAAACAGGGCGUCUGUUACAAUGAAGAAGACUCCUUCCUUUUUGUUUUGAACGCGGGCCACCCACUGAAUCUCUGCAACCCUUGGUAUGGACAGCCUAAAGGUUCUUAUCAUCCGCCGCUUAUAUGAAGAACAUUGCGCAGUGCAGUGGAAACUGUAUAUCCUGCUGUUGCUUUGGUGGUGAAUAUAUUACCUAAUCAGCUGGUGCUGAACUGGGUAUAAAUUCCCAGCACAGCCCGCACACACACACAUACACGCACACACACAGCAGAGCGCGUUGGUGCAUUGUAGAUGUAAAGAGCUUUGUCCAGUGGUGAGAGCCACUCUCCGAAGGCAUUGAUGAGAGGCAAACAAUAUCAUCAACCACUGAAGUUGACAGCGCCUUGGGAGAAGGAUGCUGGCUUCGGGAGGAAGCUUAAAACCUACAGGAAUCAUACCAAGAUAAUAGCACAGCCUGGGAUCGUGAUGAAAGUACUCCGCAGGAAGAGGAUUGUGUUAUUUAUGGCCUAUUUCUUGCUACUGGUCCUCACCAUGCUUAACUUGGCUAAUUAUAAAUGGACUAAAGAGCCACAGCAGUGUAACCAUCAGAUGAGGAGCACCACUUAUCAGAGCAGAUCAGACAUUCGCUUCCUUUACAGGCCCUCUCUGGCUAAAAAGAGACAGCUUAUCUACGUUCUGACCACCUGGAGGUCAGGCUCUUCCUUUUUUGGGGAGCUUUUUAACCAAAAUCCUGAAGUGUUCUUCUUAUAUGAGCCAAUGUGGCACAUCUGGCAGAAACUCUACCCUGGUGAUGCCGUGUCAUUACAAGGGGCAGCCAGAGACAUGCUAAGCUCCCUGUACCGCUGUGAUCUAUCUGUUUUCCAACUUUACAACAGCCCUGGAGGCAAGAAUUUUACCUCUUUAGGACUAUUUGGGGCCACCCUGAAUAAAGUGGUGUGCUCUUAUCCCCUCUGCUCAGCCUACAGGAAAGAGAUAGUGGGGAUGGUGGAUGAUAGGGUGUGUAAAAAGUGUCCCCCUCAAAGCCUUAGACUGUUGGAGGACGAGUGCCUAAAAUAUAGCACCAUAGUCAUUAAAGGAGUCCGUAUUUUGGAUGUAAACGUCCUGGCCCCUCUCAUGGAGGAUCCAUCCUUGGAUUUAAAAGUGAUACAUUUGGUCAGAGACCCUCGGGCAGUUGCCAACUCCAGGAUCAAAUCCAGACACGGCCUGAUAAGGGAGAAUUUACAGGUGGUCCGCAGCAGGGACCCUAAACUUCGCCGGAUACCCUUUGUGGAUCCUGGUCAUAAAGCCAACAAGAAGGAUGGCUCUGAUUAUCACUCCAUCGGAGCCAUGGAAGUUAUUUGUGACCGCACCUCCAGGACUUUGAGGACUGCCUUAAACCCACCAAGCUGGCUUAAGGGCAAGUACAUGGUGGUGCGGUACGAGGAUCUGGUUGAAAACCCAGUUAAGACCCUGAGAAACGUCUACCGUUUUGCCAACCUCACCACCAACCAAGAUAUUGAGUCGUUUGCACUGAAUAUGACCAGUGGCCCUAGCUCCUCCUCUAAGCCAUUUAUAGUCUCCUCCAGGAAUGCCACACAAGCUGCUAGUGCAUGGAGAACAGUGCUGAGCAUUCAACAGAUCAAACAAGUGGAAGACUACUGCCACCAUUCCAUGUCUGUUCUUGGGUACGAAAGGGUGAGAACAGCUGGGGAGGCCAAGGACCUGAGCAAGUCAUUACUGACACGCUCCAAAUUGUGAAAGCAUCCUCACCACCAAAGACCUUUUAAUUUAACGUUAAUUUUGCAUCCAGUGCCGUUUCUUCUUAUCGUGGAAUUAAAGCUUUACUUCCAGUGUUCAAGGAGCUCUAAUGGCCACAUUUUGGAAUGUAUCCCAUUUUCCUCAGUCAAGCUGCAGUAGUAUUUGAAGGGGCCACUUCUUUUAUAACAAAACAAUGGAUGUUUGACAAUGCAAGGCCUGUGAACAAUGACUUGAAUAGUGACGCUGCAACUUUGAAAAAAAAGCAACUGUAUAAUUCAUGUAUCUUAUGAUGACACUUAAAGUGGAUGUUUUGGGAUUAUUUUUGAAUGUUAAAAAAAGAAUAUGUUACUCUUUUAGUCUCCAUACUGUCUGUAAAGGUGAAAAUAGUGGAUAAAAAAAAAGAAACUCAUCAAAAAUCUUUAUUUUUAAGAUCUGGUUGAAGUCAGAGACAAUCAAGGAAUUGGUUUGUUGAUGUGCCAUAGGUAGAGGUGUCUUCAGAACAGCAGUAGUGCUGUUUCUAGAUUUAAGAAAAAAAAAGAUGUUUAUUUUCCUUUCUGUUUUAUUUUUGUCACUAAGUCCUUGUGGGAUGAUAUCAUGCACUGUGGACAUUGUCAUAACUCUGGGGCUGGAAAGUCCCUAUCUCAGUGUCGGUGUGAGCAGUCUGUCCUACCAUUUAAAAUGUUUACAAUUGCUUGCUCUUAUUAAAAAACACAUCUGAGAAUAUUGCAUUGAGUAAAGUUCACAGUGAACAAAGACAGUUUAUGCAUCAUUUAUGAGCCACAUGUGUUUUUUAAAAAAAAAAUCUGAAUCAGGACAGUGGUUCUCAAAAUGCAUGAGGCGAGAUUAAUGUGACUGUUCAAAUAACAGAAAACUCCUGGAUUUAAACAAAUCUGUUUUAUUUUUUAUAUCCAGAAUGUGUACCAAAACAAAGGGCCUUCAUUCAUACUUUUUGAGCUGUUUCACAAACAUUUGCCACAUGUGCACCUCUGAGCCCUACCUCACUAUGUGAGAACCACUGUGCUUUCAGACAUUUGUUUUCACUUGCAACAUAACAUAAAGGCUUGCUUUGG